AUGGCGGCGCCGGUGGCCAGAAUUUGCCGAAGGUGUAUAUGCUCUGAGGCUAGAAAAACUAAACCACUCGUGGGCAGGCCACGACCUCACAUUGAUAGAAUAAUACGAGUAGAUCAUGCAGGAGAACUUGGAGCUGAUCGCAUUUACGCCGGACAAAUGGCAGUUCUUGGUAGAACAAAUGUGGGACCGACUAUCCAGGUAGCUUAGUGUGGAGAUUACAUAAGCUUACAGGCUUAAGCUGAAGUGCAGGCUGCCACCAUUUCCUGCUAGUCAAAACGGUGACCACAAAAAACGGUCGUUUGGUUAUGUCUACAAAUUGGUGUCGAACUCGGAUAACUCGAGUCACAUCCAAUUUUCCUUGGAUUUCACCCCACUUUAGUCAUUUUUACUUGGUUAACUCGAACUCUGAUAACUCGAAUUCCCCGCUGAUUCGAACUAAAUUUCGUGUCCCUUGAUAAAAAAAUUAGUGAAAUUUGCCCCGAUACCUCGAAUUCUGGAUCUUGUAACUCCACUAGGAUGUCAUCCCAUUAGCACUUCUUUUUGUAAAAUCGGUAAAAACACUAACACUGGUCAACACUGCAUCUUGGUGUAACGAACAGAUCACGUUUUAUCUUAAAAGAUUCCUAAUCAUGUUGCCAUUUCUUAUGAAAUAAGGGUGCGUUCAAUUGGGAAAUCUGGAUUCAGAUUUUAAAAUCCGGAUUUUGGAUGUUCAAUUGAACGCAAAAUCUGAAAAUGGAUUUCAGUGCUGAGAUAACUGUUGUUGGAUCCUUUUCUUUCUGUUUUUUUGGGAAUUGAAAAACAGUUCUUAAGAACAGCAGUCUUUGCACGCACACAUAUAAUUAGCAAAAAGAAGACCAAUCCUUUUUUGGAUUUCCCAAUCAAAUGGUAAAAAGGAGGACAGAUUUCUCGCAGGUGAAAUCCGUUUUCGGAUUUCGCGUGUGGUUGCCAAAUCCAAAAUCCGGAUUUCAAAAUCUAAUAGAGAUCUAUUAAAACCAAAGAAACAAAAACUGGAAUGCGAUGAAGGCUAUGCCUGGAGUAGUUGCUGAACUCAAAAAUAAAUGGUGUUAAGCAUAAGCUGGUCUCGUCAGUUGUGGGUGUUGUAAAUUGCCAAAUAGCAUUCAUCAUGUUCAGGAUAUGUAAACCUUUUACUCCUCAAGAUUAUUGCUUGUUAUUGAUUACUAUUGAUUGUUAUUGAUUUUUAUUAAUCAGUAAUAAUGGUUAAUUUUUUUUUCUGUGACUUUGAUUUCUAUCAAUUUCCAAUAUCAAUUAUAAUUAUUUAUUGGCAGAUUAAAUCGAUUUGAUAUCAAUUAUUAUAUCAAUUGAAUUCAGAUAUCAAUAUCUAUCGAUUAACUGUGCCUGGUGCAAACGUGCGAGCAAGAUUGAAUAAGACUUGAGCAAAAAAAAAAUUCACUUAUAAAGCACCUUGUUGUAGCUUUCAAAAAACACUCAAGACCUUUUACCGUUUUUCAAAACUUUAUCUCAAUUUUCCAGACUUUUCCCAGGACUAGAAAUAUACUGGGCAAAUUUCAAGACUUUUUCAAGAAUUCAAGACUCUGUAUGAAUCUUGCAAUACGUUUACAUGUAUCUGCUCCUAGAAGCCACAUGUCUAAAUAAAAUUUCAUAGGUUGAUUGAUUCCAUUUGAUUUUUCUAUUAUCUUAAGUACUGGUGAUCCUUUUUCUUCUCUUGUUAGCAUAUGUGGGAUCAAGAAAAAAAACAUCUUCAAACUUUUGAACAAAUCAUAGCAGACAGACGAGUGCGGCCAACUGCCCUUAUACCACUGUGGAAUGUAGCAGGAUUUGUUUUAGGUAUAUACAUGUUUACAUUCAGAUGAGAUUGUGAUAUAAAUCAACUAUUCCUGUGGUCCUGUAGUUAUCAAAUAAAAUGGUGUGUUUUCAGUCCACAUUUCCAAAGUCUAGUGUUCCUGUAGUCCAUAAAUCUAUUUAAAUAUAGAGCAAGUCUGGUUUGACACACAGUUUUUACUUGUCAAUAACAUUAGGUUGUUGAUGACAAAAUUAAUAUAAAUGCCGAGUCUGUUGAGGCCCUUAGCAAGUGCACUGAGUGAAAUAAUAUGUGAAUUUGGCCACCUCAAACAGCUUGAUGCAAGUUAUAUUGUUUUAAAACUUUCAAACUUUUUGGUGUUGCCUUGCAGGUGCUGGAACAGCAUUACUAGGAAAAGAAGCAGCCAUGGCUUGCACUGUUGCUGUUGAAGAAGUAAUAAGUGAACAUUAUGACAAGUGAGCAAUACAGAAUUCAUUUUACUGAACCCAAAAAUUAUUUUAUAAAACUAUAUUUUAUAUAUCUGUCUGGAUUUCAUACAAGGUGCCUGUACUGAGUCUCUAGGCAGUCAACUCCAAGGAGCCAUUACUCACCCUCCCCACCCAUGAAGCUUAUGACUAGUCAAUCACUUCCCCCAAGCUAUGCUAGUAGUGUUAUGAUUAUGAGUCACCGCAUUGAUUUGGCUGGCCUAGGGCCACAGGAAAAAUUCUCUGACUUUGCACUGCUUUCUGACAUAAAACUCUAACCAAAGUGACAAAAUCUCCCCUCCCUACCGCCCUUGUUUUCACACAAAACAAGGAAGCCACCCACCCACGGAUAGGUCUGGGCCUGGGCUCUCAGCUGACCCUAGCAAGAUGGCAAGUCCCCCGGUUUUUUUCUGGCUACACUGGCUUGAACACAGGUGAUGCCCGUGUUAGAGCAAAAACUUAGCGGGCACCUUUUAGCAAAAUCACACAGAUAUAUAUAAUACAAAAUGAGUCACUCUUUUAGUUAAUGUGGCAAUAUCAACAGUGGGGAAAUUGCGGUUUGACUGGUCAUCAUUUUCAUUGCUUUGAGAGUCUUCUUCCUUUCUGACACAAGAAAUUGUGAGACCAUUGUCUGUUUUCGGAGAAAGUAACGAAAAAAAUGCAUGAUUGAGACUGCAGUCAUUCCUCUUUUGCUCACAACCUUUUUUUUUCCAAAACUGACAUCUAUAAUAAAUAUUUUUAAUUUUCUUUUUAAAAAAUUGUUGGUACCACACAAAUUCAUUAGCAUACAUUACCAUACCCAAAAACAAUGGAAAAAAUAAUUAAGUAAAAUAGAAAAUUAACUACAACAUAUAUGUUAAUAUACCACUUUUUAUAAAAUACCAAAAUCAGCUUUCCCAGUCAAAGCACUAUAGGUGGAACCUCUAAUCUUGGCAAUUUGGGGUGAUUGCUAACAGAAGGGUAUUACACGCAGCUGCAAAUUUGCGAUUUUUUGUGCACUUGCGAAAAGUCCCAAAAAUGGUCCAAUUUUUCACAAUAAUUGCCAAAAAAAUGUAAAAUCACAAAAAUCAUUGAGUUAGUUGGGGCCCUCUCCAACUCCUCUAAUGCUGCUCUACCCUGAUUCAUUGAAUUUUCCAGUUUUAGCAAAUUUUGCAGCUGCCUGCAAACUUGGACAUAUGUACAGGCUAUGUUUGUUUGUAUGUUGAAAGUUUUCUGAAUAUUUCUUUCUCAUUUUCAGUCAGUUGAGGGAACUUUUAACAGAAGGUGUAACAGAUGAAAAUAAAGAGUUAUUAGAUGUAAGUUGAUUUCAAUCAAUGUAUUACUGUCAAACUCAGUAAACUGUGAACACCUGAAAAAUUUCCAGACUGUUGAUUGUGUGACCAGUCACAACAAAGUGCAGGACAGGUGAGCAAACCUAAAAACCACAAACUUAUUGCUGUGGCUGUUGCAGUUUAGUUUUCUCAUGCUUUGUUGGCUUUCUCCUCGCAACAAAAUAACAUUCCAGAUAUAUUUCUGGUGCUCAGAGUUUUGUGAGUUUCACAGUAAUAAUUUGACUUGCCCUGGGUAAGGAAAGGAAGCAUUACUUCAUGCUGAACUGUAGAGUGGAGUCAAAUUUAAGCCUCACUGACCCAUCUACUUGCCUUGAUGAACACUGUAAAAUUGAAUUCAUAAGAACAGGACAGGGCAGUCUUUUUAUUUUAACUAAGUACAGUAAUUCACUGGACAUUUCUCAACUCUGUCAACUAAGACAACCUGUAGAAACUAUGGGAAUAAUCUCUAGCCAUUUGGGUUUCCUUAUCUCCAUUAAAUUUUGCACUUUCACUGUAUCUUAAGACCAGAAUGCUACUGGUACCUGAGAGUUAUUGGCACCAAAACAAUGACAGCAGUUGCACUAAGUUGAUCUGCAGUAUUUUAAUAAUGUCCUAGACAAUACAAAAGUUUCGUGAUGAAGAGCUGGAGCACCUUCAUAUAGGAGAAGAGCAUGAUGCUGAAAAGGUGAGCAAACUGAAUUUGCCUUUUUCUUUGAGACAUCUCUGUCCUGUUUUGCAAGACUGACCCGUGGUAUGUCUGUCACAUGGCUGUGACUUUUUUACGGCACACUGUGACAUGCAAGCAACAUGUUAUUGAUGUACAUUGUUUGUAAGAUGCUUAAACAUGCCUGAAACUCUCUUCAUCUUGACAUGCCUCUGGCAUAAACAGCACACUUUUAAUUAGCAUGUAACAUACUGGCCCCUGUCAUUCAAAGGUUGGAUUGGGCGUUCCACACAACAAACCAACCUGACUUUCUUGAUGAGAGAAAAUUCUGAUGUAUUGUGUUUCCUUGUAAUUAGAGGCCUCUUUUCCCUGGUAUUUGGCUGGCGAGAGGAAAAGAGACCUCUUUUCUUUUGCCUGCCGAAUACCUUAAAAAAGAGGCCUCUGCCAGCAGGGGAGUGUGGUGUAGUAUGCUUUAUCAGUUUAUCAGUCAAUAAAGGAGACCUAGACUAAAAAGAAUUUUCUUCUCUUUGUCUAGGCACCAAUGUAUCAGGCACUGUCCACAAUCAUCCAGACCGGUUGCAAGGCAGCAAUAUGGUUGUCAGAGAGAAUAUAG